AAACAACAAACAAUUAAUAACCAUACAUGUAUAAAACGAAGUCUCUUCCCACAUUUAAUUCAGUAUCUCGUCAAUCAUGAACCUGUUAGGUUCACUUUUUACUUUUGUGUUAUCUCUGCCCGGCGUACUUGUCGUCACUGCACUCACCGUCUUAUACUAUUGGCGAAUUUGGCAUAAUGGAAUCUUUAAACGUCGCGGAAUUGCACACAGAACGCCAAGUAUUUGGUUUGGGCACGUAAAUGACUUGAUGUUGCGAAAAGUUACCUUUUUCGAGUCGUUUCGAAAGAAUUAUUUCGAUAUGCAAGACGAAAGUGUUUCGGGUUUUAUGCAAAUUGUGACACCUAUGUUAAUUGUGCGCGAUGUCGAACUGAUAAGAGAGAUAACUGUGAAGAAAUUUGAUCAUUUUUUGAAUCACGUAUUGAGCGAAGUACCUGAUGUUGACAAACUUUUUUCCAAAUCUUUGUUCACGAUGAAAGAUCAAAAAUGGAAAGUGACAAGAAACAUGAUUUCGCCGGCUUUUACGGGCUCAAAGAUGAGAACGAUGUUUAAAUUGAUGCACGAUUGCGCCCUUGGAACAGUUGAAUCGCUCAAGGAACAAGCGAAAGGCACAGAAGUGACAAUUGAGAUCAAAGAUUUGUUCAACAGAUACUGCAAUGAUACAAUUGCAACAACAAUUUUCGGUUUAGAAGUCAAUUCCAUCAAAGAAAAAGAGAAUGAAUUCUUUUUAAUGGGCAAAAAACUAACGACAUUUGAUUCCGUAGCAUCUAUGAAAUUCUUUUUCAUCUUUAUUGUACCAAAAUUAUUCAAAUUAUUCAGAAUUAAUUUGCUCGACAUCAAAGCUUCCAAUUAUUUUAUCGAUUUAGUUAAAGACACGAUCCAAUAUCGCAUCGAUAAUAAUAUUGUGCGACCCGAUAUGAUCAAUAUGUAUAUUGAAAAUCAAAAAGGCGUUCAAAGUACUGAUAAGGAACUCGAUAAUGAGUAUGUAGUCAAGGGCGACGAUACAGAAGAGAUCAUUUCGAAAAAAUGGGAUUUGGAUGAAUUUGUUACUCAGUGCGUCGUUUUCUUUUUCGCGGGCUUCGAAACAGCUGCUACAUGGUUCAUGUUUAUGGCAUACGAACUCGCUCUAAACCAAGAAGUUCAGGAUAAGUUACUGGCCGAAAUUGACGAAGCAAAUAAACUUCAUGGCGACAAACCCAUCACGUAUGAAUAUCUCCAAAGUAUGAAAUACUUUGACUGCGUAGUUCAAGAAACACUUCGUUUGUGGCCCGUUAACAUCGCAAACGAUCGUCGUUGUACGAAAGACUGCACUCUCGUCGACUCAAAAGGCAAAGCGCACGAAUUCAAAGAAGGAGAUUUCAUUAGUUUACCCGUUAUUGGAUUGCAACGAGAUCCAAAAUAUUACGAAGACGCAGAUAAAUUCGUGCCGGAGAGAUGGUUGCCCGAAAACAAAGACAAAAUUAAUCCCUAUACAUUUUUGACGUUCGGUAUUGGGCCAAGAAUGUGCAUCGGAAAUCGUUUCGUCAUGAUGGAGGGAAAAUGUAUCUUUUACAAUCUCUUGAGCAAAUUUAGAAUUGAGAGAAGUGAAAAAACGCAAGUUCCCGUGCAAUUUAAGAAAAACACAUUUGCAAUGAUCCCCGAAAAAGGAAUGUGGCUUAAAUUAUCUUUACGGAAUUGAUUUCAAAUUCGAGUAUUACAAAAGUUUAAGCGAUAAUUUAGAUAUUAAGCUUAUGAAUUGAAAACGUGAAUAUUGAUUGUCAAGGUCGUUUCGUGUAUAUUUUACAACCAAAGUAUUAUGUGUAUAAUUAUGGUUCGUUCUGAAAACGUGACCAAAAGAAAUUUGCAUAUAAAUUUGCUUUUUGUUCUUUUUUUCGUGUA